AUGCACUGUGGGUCCAAAUCCCGCUGCGCGGGUCCGACUCUCUCCUUCUCGGGGUGGUCUACCGUAGCCCUUCGAGUCCCUCUGAAGGUGACCAAUUCAUCAUACAAACGCUUCAGCAACUAUCCUCCAACUACCACCUCACUUAUCUCCUGCUGCGCGGCGUAUUUUCUCGUUCUCUCGCCGCUCGUUUCCGCACUGUUGUGCGCCAAAGUGAUGGGUGGUUCAAUGACAAAGGUCCUCCCAGGUCUUUAUGUUGGUGGCUUGGAGAAUGCCAAGGAUGCUGAGGAAUUGAUCGCAAACUGUAUAUCUCAUAUACUGGUCGCCCAGAACCAUAAAUACGAAAUUGAGAAGUCUGCAAGUCGGAAAUACUUGCAAAUUGUGAUGCUUGAAAGCGAUGAUCGCAGUCUGUUUCGUCGUGUGGCCGAGAGCAAUGAUUUCAUCCACCAGGCGCGACUAGAAUCGGGCAACGUCCUCGUUUGCAGUGAUUCGGGGAUGUCAGCUAACGUCACACUUGUGGCUGCCUACCUGAUGUCUGUGUACCAGCUGGAUCGGUCAUCAGCCCUCAGUGCCCUUCGUGGUCGGAAACAUGCGGCCCAUCCUGUUCCGGCACUUUUGGCCCAGUUGGAUCAGUUCGAUAGCGCUUCCUCCGCUUCUCCUGAGAACCCAGGGUCUUCCGCCACGUCAGCAUCACCCCGCCAACCCCUCCCGGUUGUGACAUCCAUGUCGGAAAAUUUGCGCCUAACGGAGAAGUUUGGUUCUUGGCCACGCCUCGAGGAAGACAUGCAUUUACUACAAAGUGCCAUGAAUUCGCACAAAUCUUUCACCGAAUCAGACUUUGUCCCCUAUGAAUCCGGAGACAUUGUCGAAACUGAAACACCACCGAGUGAAGAUGUCCUCCAUCAUCCGAGUAGUCCACCGGCGCUCGAAUCAUUCUCUCCGGUCACAAAUAAUGUCCAUUGGACUCCACCAAGAACACCACCUUCGACUCCCAUAUCCUCUGUCGUUCCCGCUGGUGAACACGUGACUGUCCCUCUGGAAGCCAUUGCUGAAAUCGAACUUCAAAUUAACCAUCCGGGUAUCCUCCUAAAACAUCGAAAUUCCGCUUUACGGUCAGUUUCUCCUUGUGGUUUGGAACCACCGUUUCAUGUGCCAUGUGGUGGCUUACCUCGGAACGUACAAAUACCCGACUACUCCAGUACUCCUAUUGCUUUUUCUACAGGUAAAGCAAUCAAUCCUACCACGGAGCCCAACGAUGAAAAUCUCUGUGGAGGGGAUCAGCGCACCCCGACGGCGUUAGUCGCUCCAGAAUCUGGGAUUUUCUGCCUGGAUACAACAGAGGACCCACUACCGCCACCCAGUCCGGAGCCAGAACCAUCAACUUGGGCCGUUAUUACUGGUCGAAUGCAUGAUCCGAACGGUACCGAGUUGGGAAUUGACGAGGUGGGUCUGGAACCGCAGGCAUAUGUCUCGGAGGAUGGUGACGAUGAUGAUGUCCCCGGAGCCAUUACCAUUCCUGCAUCGGACAACCGUAUUAGCAUAGCUCAGAGUCAUCGACAUGGUUUGGCGGCCAGCUAUCACGCUCACUCAUCGUUGUUCGACUCAUCCCGCCAUGGGUCUGUUCCCGGUGCAGUAGCCCGUAGCCUUGCUCCGACGGGGUUUGCAAAACCUAAGUGAUCACUUGACUCCCCCAUUUUUUUCAGCGCUCCACUUGAGCUUUCAUAUUCCCCAAGCCAAGCCCUCUCGCCAAUACAAUUGCCAAUCGUUCCCAAGAGUUUAUUCCGUUUUUUUGCUACCCACGUUCUAGUUAUCUUCAAGAUUCUCUUGUCAUCUUUCUUUCCCGAAAUUGUAUAUUGAUCCUCUCGUCCCUACUAGCGUUCUCCCGGUUUUCUUUUUUUUUGAUGCCUCAGUCAAUCUUUGCCACUGUGCUGUGUUUCAACGAACUGAGUUUUUUGUCACAAGGUCAUGGAAAAGUUUACAAUGAGCA